AUGUCCAACUACGCGAGCAAGCUGAUCAAGUGCACAUUUCCGAGUCAGGGCGUCCUCCAAGUCACGCUCGCACGCCCGCCGGUCAAUGCCUACAACUCGGAGCUGUCUGCGGAACUUCAGCGGCACUUUGAGCGGGCAAGCGGCGACCCCGACGUCCGCUGCGUCGUCUUGAGGAGUGACCUCGACAAGGGCUUCACUGCGGGACUUGAUCUAUUCGCGACGAACCUGUUGCCAGAGGCAGACGACCCUGCGCGGGCAGCACUAGCUCUGCGUCAGCACAUCAUCUUCCUGCAGCAAGCCGUCUCGUCCAUCCAGAACUGCGACAAGCCCGUCGUCGCUGCCGUCCACGGAAUCUGCUUCGGAGCGGGCGUCGACUUGUUCUCGGCGUGCGACGUCCGGCUUUGCGCAGAAGGGACCGUCUUUUCCAUCAAGGAAGUCGACAUCGGCCUCGCCGCAGACAUUGGUUCGCUUCAGCGUCUCCCUCGCGUGACCGGCAACGCCUCGCUCCUGUACGAGCUCGCCCUCACCGCGCGCAACUUUGGACCGCCCGAGGCGGAGAAGCUGGGCCUCGUUUCGCGGGUCGUUGGCGGAGGAAAGAAGGGAGUUCAGGAGGCCGCGAUGGAGUUGGCCAAGGUUAUCGCGUCCAAAUCGCCCAUCGCUACACUCUCGACCAAGCACCUCCUCAACUACUCGCGCGAGCACACGGUCGAGGAGGGUCUCCGGUACACCCAGGCUUGGAACAUGGCUAUGGUUCAAGCAUCCGACGUCCCCGCAUCGUUCCAGGCAUUCACGCAGAAGAAGCCAGCAACCUACGCUCCCCUCCCCGGUCCCGCCAAGCUCUGA